CCAGCCAGUGCCGAGCGAUGAGCAUCUCUUGGGACAACUGGCACAAGCGCCGCAAAACCGGGGGCAAGAGAAAGCCCUACCACAAGAAGCAGAAGUAUGAGUUGGGGCGCCCAGCUGCCAACACCAAGAUUGGCCCCCGUCGCAUCCACACAGUCCGUGUGCAGGGAGGUAACAAGAAAUACUGUGCCCUGAGGUUGGAGGUGGGGAAUUUCUCCUGGGGCUCAGAGUGUUGUACUCGUAAAACAAGGAUCAUCGAUGUUGUCUACAAUGCAUCUAAUAACGAGCUGGUUCGUACCAAGACCCUGGUGAAGAAUUGCAUCGUGCUCAUCGACAGCACACCAUACCGACAGUGGUACGAGUCCCACUAUGCGCUGCCCCUGGGCCGCAAGAAGGGAGCCAAGCUGACUCCUGAGGAAGAAGAGAUUUUAAACAAAAAACGAUCUAAAAAAUUUCAGAAGAAAUAUGAUGAAAGGAAAAAGAAUGCCAUAAUCAGCAGUCUCCUGGAGAAGCAGUUCCAGCAGGGCAAGCUUCUUGCGUGCAUCACUUCAAGGCCGGGACAGUGUGGCCGAGCAGAUGGCUAUGUGCUAGAGGGCAAAGAGUUGGAGUUCUAUCUUAGGAAAAUCAAGGCCCGGAAAGGCAAAUAAAUCCUUGUUUUGUCUUCA